CUGCUCAGCUCUAUUCGCAUAAACGUAAACAUGAGAGGCGGGAGUUUGAGCAGGCGUACCGCAGCUUCAGACAGACGCAGCAGCACAUGCCGACUUCAGCUAAUGUCAAAACUGGAAAUACACCCAGGAGAGAUGUUUCGCCAUAUCCUGUUUCUCCGUCUCCAACGGCUGGAUCGGCGCUGCAGGUUCCUGUGGCCGCCGUUGCGAAUGGUCAGAUUAAGUCAGCCAUGGGACCGGUCCAGGUCAGUUUUGCCAACCGAAACUAUUUAUUGGGGCCAACAAUUUAAAACUUAUAUUUCGAUGUUUCACACUUCUGUAGGUUAAAAUUUAUUUGAUACAGCACAGCAGGAGCUAUUAAAUAUGUGCUGAAGUGGAAACCUAAAAAUAUUUUUGUGGUCACUCGCACGUGUGAUAAUGACUUGUUUCUUUUUCCAGGCCGUAAAGUUGGGAGCCAUGACACCUUUAAAACCCCCAGGGGAUGCUGGCACUUCUGCUAACUCCAGCCCGCUUAGCACAAAGUCGGUCCUUCCGAUGUUGACCGGUCUCACCGCUGCGCCCUUGGACAUAGCAAAACUUGGUGACCCCCAGAACUUGUCGAAACAUGACCUUCACAUUUUGACGACUGCGCAGUCCCUGCCCAUGAAUCUCUGCACUCCAUCGGCUCAUGUCGGUGAAGUGUUGAAUUUAAGCAGCGGGCGGGGCAGACCGGGUCAUGUGACAGUAGAUUCAAGGCAGACGAUGUCAUUGCCCAUCAAAUUGGUCAAAGAUGAGUCUACUAUAAAAAACGAUAUGGUCGUACAAGAAGUUGAUGUCAAGUUAGAG